AUGCCUAAAGCGAGCCCUUGCUGGGCCUGCAUCCCCUCAGCCCGCAGGCCGCUGUGGGGCCUGGGCCCCGGCAGCCUCACACACUCGCCCCAGGCCUCCAACACGGCCUCGACGGGGAGCUUGGGCUUCACGGCCCCUUCUCCAUCACCCUGCGGUCCUCCCCUCGCCUUGGCCAAGAGCCAUCCUGCACAGAUCGCCCUGCCGUGGGGGAAGCCGCCAAGCCGCUGUUUCUGCUGCCCUUGCCUGAAGUUAGGGCUCGUUUGUGCUGCAGGAAAAGUUAUUUCUGGCGGCUUCCACGUGAUCCCCUCAGUGUCCAACAUCGUACCUGAGAGCUGUCUGCUCAUAGUGGUGGGCCUUUUGGUUGGGGGGCUCAUCAAAGGAGUGGGUGAAAAGCCCCCCAUCCUCAAGUCGGACAUCUUCUUCCUCUUCCUCCUCCCACCCAUCAUCUUGGAUGCCGGCUAUUUCCUUCCCUUGCGCCAAUUCACUGAGAACCUGGGCACCAUCCUCAUCUUCGCCGUGGUGGGGACGCUCUGGAAUGCUUUCUUCUUGGGUGGCCUCAUGUACGCCGUGUGCCAGCUCGGUGGCCCUGGCUUGAACCACAUUGGCCUCCUGGCCAACCUGCUCUUCGGCAGCAUCAUCUCGGCUGUGGACCCGGUGGCUGUGCUGGCUGUCUUUGAGGAAAUCCACAUCAAUGAGCUGCUCCACAUCCUGGUGUUUGGGGAGUCCCUGCUGAAUGAUGCCGUCACAGUCGUCCUCUACCACCUCUUCGAGGAGUUUGCCAACUUCGAGCAGGUGACCAUUAUCGAUAUCAUCCUCGGCUUCCUCAGCUUCUUCGUGGUAUCGCUGGGCGGCGUCUUUGUGGGCGUCAUUUAUGGGGUGAUCGCUGCCUUCACGUCCCGCUUCACCUCCCAUAUCCGAGUCAUCGAGCCCCUCUUCGUCUUCCUCUACAGCUACAUGGCAUACCUCUCUGCUGAGCUCUUCCACCUCUCCGGCAUCAUGGCGCUCAUCGCCUCCGGUGUGGUCAUGCGGCCCUAUGUGGAAGCCAACAUCUCCCACAAGUCCCACACCACCAUCAAGUAUUUCCUCAAGAUGUGGAGCAGCGUGAGCGAGACCCUCAUCUUCAUCUUCCUGGGUGUCUCCACCGUGGCUGGCCACCACUACUGGAACUGGACCUUCGUCAUCAGCACGCUGCUCUUCUGCCUCAUCGCGAGAGUUUUAGGCGUCCUGGUCCUCACCUGGUUCAUCAAUAAGUUCCGAAUUGUGAAGCUGACACCAAAGGACCAGUUCAUCAUUGCCUACGGGGGCCUUCGGGGAGCCAUCGCCUUCUCCCUCUGCUACCUCCUGGACUAUAAGCAUUUCGGCAUGAGGGACAUGUUCCUCACAGCCAUCAUCACGGUCAUCUUCUUCACAGUUUUCGUGCAGGGCAUGACCAUCCGGCCCUUGGUGGACCUGCUGGCCGUGAAGAAGAAGCAAGAGACAAAGCGCUCCAUCAACGAAGAAAUCCACACGCAGUUCUUGGAUCAUCUUCUGACGGGGAUCGAGGAUAUCUGUGGUCACUACGGGCACCACCACUGGAAGGACAAGCUGAAUCGCUUCAACAAGAAGUACGUGAAGAAGUGCCUGAUUGCAGGGGAGCGAUCCAAGGAGCCCCAGCUCAUCGCUUUCUAUCACAAGAUGGAGAUGAAGCAAGCAAUCGAGCUGGUGGAGAGUGGGGGCAUAGGCAAGAUCCCCUCUGCUGUCUCCACCGUCUCCAUCCAGAACAUCAACCCCAAGACCCUCCCUGUGGAGCGCAUCCUUCCGGCCCUGUCCAAGGACAAGGAGGAGGAGAUCCGGAAAAUCCUUCGCAACAACCUGCAGAAAACCCGGCAGAGGUUGCGAUCCUACAACCGGCACACGCUUGUGGCUGACCCCUACGAGGAAGCUUGGAAUCAGAUGCUCCUGCGGAGGCAGAAGGCCCGGCAGCUGGAACAGAAGAUGAACAACUACCUGACGGUGCCGGCUCACAAACUCGAUUCUCCCACCAUGUCCCGGGCUCGCAUAGGCUCAGACCCGCUGGCCUACGAACCCAAAGCAGACUCAGAGAACCUGCCCAUCAUCACCAUCGACCCAGCCUCCCCGCAGUCCCCGGAGUCCGUGGACCUGAUGAACGAGGAGCCCAAGGGCUGCGGCGGCCUUCCGCCCUCACCCGAGGAGGAUGAGGAGGGGCUGGUGAUGCGGGUGAAGGAGCCUUCCUCCCCGGGUACUGAUGAUGUCUUCACCCCGGGGACCGGCGACAGCCCCAGCAACCAGCGGAUGCUGCGAUGCCUGAGCGACCCGGGGCCGCGGCCGGAGCCGGAGGAGGGGGAGCCCUUCAUCCCCAAGGGGCAGUAGCAGCUGGUGCCCGAAGCCUCACACACCUCUAUACGGUUUCUCUUUCUCUUAAUUUGUUUGUUCUUUGCUCUCCUGUUUGGUUUCCUCUGUCACUACACACUGGGUUUGGGAAGGGGAGACCGUCCUGGAUGGACUGGGAUUACCAGGACAGCUCUGCCCACCAAGCCCUGGGCUGGCCCCAAGCAGCGGGGAAGGACCCCCCGGGAUGCACCGGGCCCCUCAGUCGCCGUGGCCUGGGGGUGACGGACCAUUUACCACCCGGGACUGGGAUUUGCAGGUUCCUCACAACCCCGGCGGGGCUUUCCCAGAGGCUGCCCACCCACUCAGGACCUGCGAGCGGCUCCUCGGGGCGGCUGCAGCCGGCACAGGGUGGGCUCUGGCCGGGGAGCUGGGGGUGUCCGUGGAGGCUGCCCCGCAGCCCAGCUUCGUCUCUCCCCGGCUUGUGUUUUACCUUCCCCCUCGCCUUGCUCCGGAUGGGAAGAUGGGAGCCAGGCUCUGCGCCAGGGCUGGCGCACCCACCACCUCACCGGCACCCUCCCAGGGUCCUCGGGCUCGGCCGCUGCUCCCUGCCUUGGCCGCUUCCCCCACGGGGCCAGCAGCCGCCGGGACCCUCUCCUCCGGCCCUGCAUUUCAUGCCA